UAACUUUCUCAAACAUAAAUUAUGAUUGAGAAAGCUGUUGAGUCGCAGUUUUUUAAAUCAUUUAUAGUGAAAAUCGUACAAACAUGAAGUAUCAUGAAGUAUCGGCCAGUUCUAUUCGAUUAAUAGGUAGAAACAGUUUCCAUAAGAAUCAAAUCAACUCAAUAUUCAGUUCCCUCUGCUUAAAAAAUAUUUGUUAUAUACAGGGCGUUCGUGAAUAAGUGCGUCAAACUUCAGGAGGCGAUUCUGCAUGUAAAAAUAAUGGCAAUUUGCCAUAUUACUUUUAUCCGCAAAACCGGUUUUAGAUCAAUAUAUAAAUAGUCAGUUUUUAAGACAAACUUUAGUACGUCGUAUCUCGGAAAACGAAUCAUUUUCCUUUCCCACAAAAGUUCUAUUGCAAACUGUCAUUGAAGUUUGUUGAACUCAUUCACUAACACCCUGUAUAUAUAUAUUUCAAUUUUAUGGUGGGUAACUAAUUUUGAAUAAUCUGGUUUGUCUUUAGAAACACCCAUUGCUUUCAAUACUCAAUUUCCUUUAAAUAACCUUGUUUGUAUUUCAUAUUUUUGAAAAUAAUUUUGAGAAUUAUCUCAUAUGCCAUUUCAUAGUAUCAACAAGAAAUCAUAUAUGUAUUUUAAAUCCAUUCAUGAUAUUUUCUAAAUCAAAUUUUUCUUCUAGGAAUCAUUGAACGUUAGAGAUGUUCAAAGUGAAAGUUUUAUAUAUGAUAAAGAUUUAUGUCCAUUCUGUUUCGAAAAUGUAGGCCAUUUUUCUAGACAUUUGAUACGGAAACAUUCAGAUGAAGAAUGCAUCAAAAAGAUUUUAAAAAUGCCUAAUAAGAGUAAAGAAAGAAGACUGGCGAUUAUCGGUUUAAGAAAGAAGGGGAAUUUCAUUUUGAAUUCCGAAAAACAAAGUAUUAAACCCACAAGAAAACCCAAGUUGUUAGGCAAUGUGAAUGAUAUAAAUUAUUUCCCAUGUACCUCCUGCUUGGGUUAUUACAAAAAAUCCUAUUUAUGGAGACAUAAAAAAAACUGUGGAGCAAAAAUUGAUAAUAUGGGUUCGAAAACACAACACCUUACCGAAUCUCAGACGUUUCUAGCUACGACUGGUUUACUCGGUAACCACCUGAAUAGAAGUCGAUUGAAAAACGAAGUAUUUUGCAUCAUGAGACCGGAUGAAAUUAGUCUCACUGCAAAAACUGACCCGCUAAUUUGCCUUUAUGGCGAAUCAUACCUCAGUAAACAUAAGAGAAAACAAAUGCAUACUGUAACUUCCAACAAAAUUCGGGAAAUGGCAAGACUGAAAAUAGUAUUACAGAAAUCUACAACCAUUGAUAACCUCAUCGACGUUCUGAAACCUGAACUGUAUGAAAACAUUGUGGCUGCAUCGAAAAUUAUAAGUGGUUUUGAUAAUGAAACCAAAUCAUUCAAGUCGUCCUCAUUAGCAUUACAUAUGGGAACAAAUCUAAAAUUUCUGUGUGAAGUGGCCAAAAAAGCCUUGAUAACAAAAUCUCCACUAUUUCAACCCUUAAGUGAUCGAGAAAGAGACCAACAAUUAAAGAAUAUCAAUGACCUUCGAGACAUGUUAAAGGAACACUGGUGCAAUGAUAUUUCAAGUUUGGCUCAGAAAGUUCUUAAUGAGAAACGGUGGGAAAAACCUAAGUUACUUCCACUUACGGAAGAUGUUAAGUUAUUCAAUAGCCAUAUUUCAUCUAUAGCAAAUGAAGCAUAUACAAAAUUGAGGACAAAAGAAGAUAUCACUAAGAACUACAAAUUGCUUUGUGAAGCAGCAUUAUGUCUUAUUCUAUUAUUUAACAGAAAAAGAAUUGGGGAGAUACAGUUUUUAGACAUUCAAACCUAUCAAAGGAAUUUCUCGUCAAUAAAUCAAGAAGAGUGCUUGAGUAGCCUUUCGGAACUCGAAAAAAAAAUGAGCUCUAGUUUCAAAAGGGUUGUUGUAUUUGGAAAAGGAAGUAAACCAGUUCCCAUUUUAUUCACGAAACGAAUGCAAACAUACGUGGAUCUCAUUUUAGACAUCAGAAAAGAGACCAAUAUCGUCCCCAAAUCCAAUAAGUAUUUGUUUGCUAAUCCCGGGUCAACAGAUAGAUGGAUGACGGCGGCUUCAGUAUUGAGAAAAUUUGCAUCCAGUUGUGGAGCAAGAAAUCCAGGUUUACUCACAUCAACCAAGUUCAGAAAACAAAUUGCAACAAUUUUGCAGCUGAUGAAUUUUGAUAACGCUGAAAUGGAACAAAUUGCUCGUUUCAUGGGGCAUACUGAGAAAACCCACCAAGAAUUCUAUAGAUUAACGGAAGAUGUUUACCAAACGGCUAAAGUAGCCAAAGUAUUGCUGCUGAUGAAUGCUGGAAAGGCAAACGAACUCAAGGACAAAAAUUUGAAUGAAAUUCAUAUAGAUGAAGAGGUAAUAGAUUCUGAUGAAGAUGAUAGGGAAAAUGUACCCAAAAAAGGAAGUUUUGAAUAUGAUCAGCCACCUGAUUAUGAAGAAACUUAUCAAUCAAAGCAAAUUUCAGAACAAAAUUCACCAAAAGUGAAACUUUUUUCUGUGAAACACUCAAGCAGAAGUCGUUGGGAAAGUGAUGAAAAAAAAAGUGUCCUUCAAUUUUUUAAAACUCAUAUUGAAAAUAAUGUGGCUCCCAAGAAGAAGGAAUGUUUAAAUUUCAUACGCACUCAUGAAUCCUUCAAAGUAAAUGAUUGGUUACGAAUCAAAACCUUGGUAUAUAAUACUUAUCGUACUAAAUAACAUAUUUGUCAUUCCUUAUAGCCUAGUUGACUUCAAGUUUUUUUACUGAAUUUAUUUCGAUAAUUCAUUUUUGUUCCAAGAUGUUUCAGAUCUCACUCACGUUUUUAAUAAUGUGAAUAUUGAUAUAAAUUUAUUUUAUGAACAUUAUACUUAUAUUUUAGUCUUUAGUUUAUUAGGAUGUAUUUUGAGUUAAGACUAUGUAGGUACUAACUUUGAUAUUUUUUAUUGGCUUUUUGAAAGUUUUAUAUUAAAUGAAUUUCACUUAUUCCUAUGUAUCUUCGUUGUGUCUCCAUUGAUUUAUUUACCUGAUACUUUAUUGAUUCUGUGUCACUUUCGACUCGUCUCUCUAGUAAGAAAAUUUCCAUAAUACAUAUAUGUUUCAUUAAUGAAAGAACACUUUCAAAUCACAAAUUUUUUUUUCAAAUGACAAUUAAAUAUUUUUCGAUAAAACCCUGUAUAUAAGCAAAUGUUUGUCAGAUUGGUAAUUUGCAACUUUCUCUUCCUUUUCAUAAUUAAA